AGGAACAACAUUUCUUCAUUUAUUUUCAGUUAUCAGUCAAAAUGCCAAAACUUAUCCUUGUUAGACACGGUCAAUCCGAAUGGAACGAAAAGAAUCUUUUUACCGGUUGGGUGGAUGUGAGACUUUCUUCAGUCGGCGAGAAGGAGGCUGCCAGAGCCGGUGAAUUGCUCAAAGAGUCUGGCCUUAAGCCGGAUAUCCUUUUCACCUCGAAAUUGACUAGGGCUAUUCAAACCGCUAAUAUUGCACUGGAUAAGGCAGAUAGACUUUUCAUCCCAGUUGUCAGAUCGUGGAGAUUGAACGAGAGACAUUACGGUGCUUUGCAAGGUAAAGACAAGGCAGCAACUCUUGCACAGUACGGCGCAGAGCAAUUCCAAACAUGGAGAAGAUCAUACGAUGUUCCGCCUCCACCAAUUGAAGAUUCCUCUGAAUAUUCUCAAUUUGGGGACGAGAGAUAUAAAGACAUCGAUCCCAACGUUUUGCCUAAAACAGAGUCUUUAGCACUUGUGAUUGAUAGACUGCUUCCAUACUGGCAGGAUACUAUUGCCAAGGAGCUUUUGGAAGGAAAGACUGUCAUGAUUGCAGCCCACGGAAACUCACUGAGAGCUUUGGUUAAACACCUAGACAACAUUUCAGACAAGGACAUUGCUGGAUUGAACAUUCCAACCGGUAUUCCUCUCGUCUAUGAGUUGGACGAGAACUUGAAGCCAACUAAGCCAUCUUACUAUCUGGACCCUGAAGCAGCUGCUGCUGGUGCAGCUGCCGUUGCUGCACAGGGACAAAAGAAAUAGUUGUAUAGCUCCUUGAUUUAUGGCUAAAAAAACCUAGACACCUAUAUAUUAUUUUUUCGAAUGUGGGGAAAGGUAGGAUCAUUUUAACUUUUUGAUGCAUACACAUAGAACUCAUCAAUUGGUCCGGAGAUGUCUUCACAACCGACCGAAGUGGAUCUUACCCGGUGAAGAUGGCUCCAAAAAGGUUCGCUGGGCUGACAGCGUCUUUGGCAACUAUGUACGACGCAUUGUCGAGCCAACGUUGAAAAGCAUAGAAAUGUACCUCUCCGAUCCGGGAGGAGAAACGGAUCAAAACGCAAAACACAGAAGUCAUAGGAAUGAAUAUGAGUAUCUGAAUCUUCAUAAUGCAACAGACAUCAAGAUAUUGAAUUCUACACCGUUUUCGAAUCGCAUCUACAAUGCGGCUUGGAAACGAACCAAGGAACGAUUGAGACCUCAUCACACCACUCUUCUAAGUUUAUAUCUUGUCAAUGGGACCAUUGAUCAACUUCCUACAAUAAUAGAGUUCUUGGUGAGGACGAGGUGGUUUGUAAAUGCUUCUACUCUGCUGAACGGCGCUGAUAUGAAUUUCAAGGACUUUUUGAGCUAUACUAACUCUCUUUUGGAGCAGCAAUUCAAUUCAGACUGGUCAAGGAAAGAAUUUCUUCGGCAUCUUCUGCGAGAAGUAGCUAAUCCACGAACACUUUUUCAAUUAGACAGGAAAGAUUUACUGGCAGAUCUGGAGCUUGCGAACCAGCUGGAGGAGACAUACUUGGAAACGGACUACUCUUUUGAAGUAUUGCAACUCCAUUUGGAGCAAAUCAGUGACCACAAUAGUAGUGAUAUUAUUGAAAGUACCAAGCUGAAGCUCCUGAUUAAUAACAUUCAACAAAACAUGCAUGAUCCCAAACUACAGGUCAAAGAGUUCUUUCGUGUGGCAGAUACUUUCAAGCAUCUUUUUGCAAAAGCCCCCGACACUGUUGGCUUUUUUAUUCUGGCAUGCAUACCGCAUAUGGAGAAGGAUGCGAAGACUCAGUACUUUUCGAGCGCCUUUUUUAAGUCUUUCUUGAUGCUGCAUAUUACAGUAAACGACGUGAGAAUCAUUUUAGAUAAGCUGAUAUUGAACGAAAAACAACUAGAGAAGCUUUGGGAGUUUUGCAAAUCACCGGACAUGUGGCUUCUGGGGCAGUUCUUUCAACAUAAACAUUACAGUAAACAGAUGACGCCGGAGUGUUUUUCCCGGUUGCCCCCAUCUAUGCAGAAAACAGUUUUGAUCGAACUCUAUUCAAGGGGAGCGGGAAAUCCUAAGGAAGUGGGUAGAGUUCUUGCUCUUGUAAAAUGCAUGUCUAACAGUUAUCAUGCUCAAACUGCCCUCCAUACUGUGAUUGAAUCAGAGACUCAAAAGUAUGUCACCUCGAUAGAUGAUUGGCUGCGAUUACUGCAAAUGCUCUUUGAGCUCGAAGACAAAUUGCCCACAAGCGUAAUCAAAGAUAUGGCCAGAUUUGGCGCUACAUUGACCAUACUUCCAUCCCAUAGUUCUCAGCUUAGGCAGCUUGCUUCAUUACUUGAGCAUCGCGACAGCUCAUAUUGUCUUCCAUUAAUGCCUUUAGUUUUGCGUUGGUUUAGAACACUACAUGUAAAAGAUCCAGAUAAAGAAAGGAAGGCAAUGGUUGGGGACCUAUUUGCCAAGUCAUUGCACUCAAUUAAAGACCUCUCAAAGACCGAUAAUGUUGACCUCUACGUAUUCGGUUCGAAAGUUCCAAAAGUUGUGCUAUCUAAUAUUCAGCAAUUGAACCUCAUAGCCAGACAACUAUGGAAACUAGACAACGAUAGCAUUUCUUACUUUAUCGGCAAAUACGUUGAUAGCUUGUUCACAAGAGAGAGCUACGCUCACCACAAAGUUCACGAGAAGAUUCAAACGGCAAGUUUUAUAAUUGACAUGCUGUUUCGCUUGGUAUUGAACAAGGGCCGGAGGAAUUGGAAGUCGUUUGUGGAGAUUAAUUCUAUUCUGGACAAUUAUACGAUCCGGAAAACACAGUAUUUUCAUGGUAGAGAUAUCAAGACGCGGCAAAGUUUGAUCAAAGUUAUUGACUCCACAGUUAGUGGGCUGGCAGAUAAACUGCUAACAGGCCACGUUCCACGCUAUAGAGGCAUUCAAAAUGACCAAGAAGAAAUUGGAUUGGAAAAGCUGAGACUUGUGUGCUCGAAAUUAGAGGACGAGGGUUAUAUCACAAAAUGUUCUGAUCCUGUGAAAAUCAGAAGCAUGGUGUCGCGCGAGGACGCGUUGGAACGGGUUAGGCUACAAGCUACCGUGCGGACCAAAAUGUGGAUGGUACAUAACCUAGUCUCAGCCAAUCCACAUCUAGUUGACAAAGUGCUUGAAAAAUAUUACAUGGACUACGAUACAGAUAUACCGCCUGCACUGAUUCAUCAAAUGAUGAUCUGCAUCAUGGAGUCAAAGUUCAGCUUCUCAGAGAAGCUUCAAGUUUACAGGUAUCUCGACAAACUGGCUUUACUGUUGAGUCAUCGUUCAGCUUAUUAUGUCAAAUACCGGCGACAGAAAAGGGCAACAGAAGUGUUGAUUGAUAAAAUCAUCAGCGAGUCAUGGAAAGAGGGCUAUAAUCAUAAACUGCUUAUCAGUAUUCUCAAGAAAAAACAGUAUCUGAAAUUGGAGGACCAAUCACAUAGGUGGUCCGCUAUGCUGGAAAACAUGAAAUCUAAUAAAGACGGAUUCUGGAAAGAAAAACACAGAUAAAAUAAUAUAGAAACAUUGAAUUAGAUUCUCCAGUAGUCAUUCAUUCAUCAUCCCUAUUCGCUGUUACCCUUUUUUUUAUUGGUGCUUACAUAAACACGAGAUUUCCGUCUGGCGUGGUUUUGAAAACUUUUUAUUAUGUAGAAAUUUUUGUCCAAUUAUCAAAGUGUUAAUUUCAACUGUUGGUUUAGCAGCGGAAAUAUUUUAGAAAAUCCAUAGAAUACAAAAUACAAUGAUUUCGAACGUUAUCAAAGGUGCAUUGAGACAGAACAGCAGACUGGUCAACAGAAAUGUGAGUCUCGUCUCGAAAGUCAGACCAAUGAGACCAGCCCAAUUUACGAGCAUCAGAAAGUAUUCUUCUGACCACCACGAAGAAACCUUUGAGGAGUUCUCCAUCAGAUACGAGAAGGAGUUCGAUGAAGCUUACGACCUGUUUGAAGUUCAAAGAGUCUUGAACAAUUGUUUCUCCUAUGACCUGGUGCCAUCUCCAUCCGUCAUCGAAAAAGCUUUGAGAGCCUGCAGAAGAGUCAAUGACUACGCUACUGCCGUUAGAGUUUUCGAGGGCCUGAAACACAAAGUUGAAAACAAAGAACAAUAUCAGGCCUACCUCGAUGAGCUCAAGGAUGUCAGAGAAGAGCUAGGCAUUGAUUUGAAGGAGGAAUUAUUCAGCGCAAACUAGAUCCUGCCAUUGCCAGUUACGCGAGAGGAAAAAUCCUAGAAAACACACGAAGCAGAUGAAGUCUACAAUAUCUAUCUAAUAUACUGAGUACAAUUCUUGGGAAUCUGUAAGAAAUUGGAUGCUAGUUAUUAGAGGGUCUUUUGUAUACUUCUCUUUAUAUAUAAGACUGAAGCAUCGAAAAGCCAAUGGAACAUACCUGUCAGAUAGAUGAAGGAAGACCGUAGUUUGAUGUAUUGUGGUCUAGAAUCCUAACCGGCCAAUCAAAUCAGUUCAUUUUUACUUUGGCACACCUUGAACCAGGACGGUGUCUGGGUGGACUAGACCUGAUCAACGGCUGUGAAAUUAAGAAUUUACCUAUACACGAAUACGGCAAUAAAUAAACAAAUUCUCA